AUGAUAAUAAUUACAUGUAAUCAUUUUUGGAACACGAGAAGAACGAGCAAACCCCUUUCCGUUAUUUGGUCAUUUUUCAAUUUCGACUGUUUGGAAAAUAAAUCCGAGUGUAAAUUGUGUGGGAAAAUAUUCAAAGCGAGUCCCAAAACGGGCACGGCAUCCGUUAAAUAUCAUCUUCAUUUUGCUCAUCGUAUACUUAGAAACGACGAUUUCACAUUUCGAUUCAAUCCGAAACGUGUGCCGAUAUGGGAUUUUUACACGGUCAAUUACGACUCCGAUUUGGCCACGUGUAAAAUAUGUUAUAAAAAUAUAAAAACACGUAGAAAAGACGGUACGAGAAACGUUUUGAGUCACAUGAGAAACGUUCACCCGAACGAAUAUCAAUUGUCGUUAACGUUCAAAGAAAAAUGGACGGCUAUGAAGAAAACAAAAAAACAUAAACAGGGUUUCUAUUAA